UUACUUCUGCCGCCUGCCAGCCGGGCGGGGAAGGGGAGUACCCGGCCACCCCUCACUUUAGCUCCUGCAGUUUUCCAAACAAACCAGGGCGGGAUGGGAGUGUCUUCUUGGCUGUGGAGAUCGAUCCUCCUACCUUGUCCUGAAGCCACCCGCCGCCUUUCCUCGUCCCUCCCUUCGCGGUGAUUUUCCGGUCCCGGCGCCCGGCGAGGGCGCGCGGCUGGUGUCCGCCCAGCCGGAAAGGUGAGCCAGCCAUGAGAGGGUAUCUUGUGGCCAUAUUCCUGAGUGCUGUCUUCCUCUAUUACGUACUGCAUUGCAUAUUAUGGGGAACGAAUGUCUAUUGGGUGGCACCUGUGGAAAUGAAACGGAGAAAUAAGAUCCAGCCUUGUUUAUCAAAGCCAGCUUUUGCCUCUCUGCUGAGUCAGAGCUCUGCAUAUAUUUUAAGAAAAGGCAUUGAGGAACUCAAUCAAACCAGUAUUCUUUUCACACAGGUUUCAUCAGUUUCACCCUUUUCUGUGUGCAGCUGAUUUUAGAAAGAUUGCUUCCUUGUAUGGUAGCGAUAAGUUUGAUUUGCCCUAUGGGAUGAGAACGUCAGCGGAAUAUUUUCGACUUGCUCUUUCAAAACUGCAGAGUUGUGAUCUCUUUGAUGAGUUUGACAACAUACCCUGUAAAAAGUGUGUGGUGGUUGGUAAUGGAGGAGUUUUGAAGAAUAAGACAUUAGGAGAAAAAAUCGACUCCUAUGAUGUAAUAAUAAGAAUGAAUAAUGGUCCUGUUUUAGGACAUGAAGAAGAAGUUGGGAGAAGGACAACUUUCCGACUUUUUUAUCCAGAAUCUGUUUUUUCAGAUCCUAUUCACAAUGACCCUAAUACGACAGUGAUUCUCACUGCUUUUAAGCCACAUGAUUUAAGGUGGCUGUUGGAAUUGUUGAUGGGUGACAAAAUAAACACUAAUGGUUUUUGGAAGAAACCAGCCUUAAACCUGAUUUAUAAACCUUAUCAAAUCCGAAUAUUAGAUCCUUUCAUUAUCAGAACAGCAGCUUAUGAACUGCUUCAUUUUCCAAAAGUGUUUCCCAAAAAUCAGAAACCUAAACACCCAACAACAGGAAUUAUUGCCAUCACAUUGGCGUUUUACGUAUGUCACGAAGUUCACCUAGCUGGUUUUAAAUACAACUUUUCUGACCUCAAGAGUCCUUUGCACUACUAUGGGAAUGCCACCAUGUCUUUGAUGAAUAAGAACGCGUAUCACAAUGUGACUGCAGAGCAGCUCUUUUUGAAGGACAUUAUAGAAAAAAACCUCGUAAUCAAUUUGACUCAAGAUUGACUCUACAGACUCAGAAGAUGAUGCUAACAGUGUUAGUUUUAUUUUUGUACUGCAAUUUUUAGUUUAAAAUAUGUUGGAUGCACUCGUCAAAUAAUUAUGUAUAUUGUCUGUUGCUGCCUGGUGAUUCAUAACCACCAGCUUAAUUUCUGUGAAUACUGUAUAUUUAACUUAUGAAAACCAAGAAAUGUUAAGAUAUCAGGAAAAUAAGUUUUGAUUGCAUUGUUUUUAAAAUAAGCUAGUUUUCUGAGGUGUUUUCACAUGUCUUUUUAUAGUUACUUCAUCUUAGAUUUUUGAAGGGAUAUGACUUCCUACUAAGGAUUUAGUUUACCACAACAAUUCUGACUAUAAGAAGACAUUUUGAGAAGUAUAUUUGGCCACGGUAAACAUGGCUGGUGGAAAAUCACAUGAUUGUGGCUUGAUGUGGCAAGCCGAAACCACUUGGCUCUGGAAAUCUAAGUAAGUUCAUACUGGUUUAAUUAAGCUCUCCCCUGACAACCCCCAGAAUUAAAUGAACCAUGAUUGUGAAGAGUAAUUUGGUACAAUGAAGGCAGGGUUUUUAAGUUAAAGGAAAUGGGCUAAACAUAAAGUUCUUAUUAGAUAAGUAAAUAACUAAAGAAUACAAUUAUACUAAACUCUGAUGGCUUUGUAUUAUUUUAAAGAAAUGAGGUUUAACUUUAUACAAUGAAGCUAAGCCAGGCAAGCUCAAGAAGGAAAAAAAAAAAUCUUGAACAUUAUUUUUUUUUUGCCUGACUUAUUCAUUAAAUUUUGAAGGUUUUCCACUUGCAGUAAAUUAGGAAAGGUAAAGAAGACAACAGAACAAGUAAAUACUUAAGUCAGGCUGAGGCCGGGCAUGGUGACUCACACCUGUAAUCCUAACACUUUGGGAGGCCGAGGGAGGCAGUUGGAUUGCCUGAACUCAGGAGUUCAAGACCAGCCUGGCCAACAUGGUGAAACCUCAUCUCUACUAAAAUACAAAAUAAUUAGCUGGGUGUGGUGGUAUGCGCUGUAAUCCCAGCUACUAGGGAGGCUGAGGCAUGAGAAUUGCUUGAGCCCGGGAGGCAGAGGUUGCAGUGAGCUGAGAUCGCACCACUGCACUCCAGCCUGGGUGACAGAGCGAGGCUGUCUUCUAAAAGAUAUAAAAAGUGAAGUUGGCAUUUUUGGAUUUAAAUGGUACAAAAAGAAAAUCUCAUUUUCCCAUGAUUAAAACUAAUCUUAAGAUGGAAAGCUUGCCUGGCUACCUAGGGUGCACCAGAGAAUCUGAUCCAAUGCAAGCCAGUCAAUCCUACAAAUGUGGUGAGCUAGUCUCCCUUCCUAUAUUUUCAUGAAUGUAACCAAAGGCCUUCUGGAGGUAGGGGAAUGAGAGGUGAAGGAACAGGACAAUAGAAGUUAUAAGGAUGGGUAAAAGUUGUCAGAAGAGGUAUGAGCUGAAGAACGAAUUACUCUCUUUUGAACAAUAAAUACAAUUGGGAAACACUGGAAAA